UAACAGCUUUCCAUUUGCAUCGUAUCUCUCACGCGCGCUCACCACCUUCGUUGUGAUGUUGAUGAUGAUGAUACAGUUUCUGAAAUGCAACGAGAACAGUUUCAGUGUUGUGGCGAACUCGAACUCACUGAGUUGCUGAGUUCCGUGUGGAAUCGAAUCGAAUCCAGAUUUGAUGGAUUUGGAGAGAGGUGAGAUCAAUGGCGAGCGCGGGUACUCGAUGGACUCGACGGAAUCAAGGUGGGUUUACCAUGAAGAAGAUGAGGAUGCGUCGGAUAUUGAGGACUUCGACGCUGAUUUGAGAUUGAGAGGCCGACGAAACGGUGCUCCUGUGCAGUUGCUUGAUUCCGACGAGGAGGAUGAUGGCACCACCGAGCAGAGACUCAUUCGUACUGGUCCUCGAGUUGAUUCCUUCGAUGUUGAAGCUCUUGACGUCCCUGGUGCUCUCAGAAAUGACUAUGAGGAUAUCAGUUUGGGAAAGAAAAUUGUAUUGGCUUUUCAGACUCUUGGUGUUGUCUUUGGUGAUGUUGGAACAAGUCCACUAUAUACAUUCAGUGUUAUGUUUAGAAAGGCCCCUAUUGAUGGAAAUGAAGACAUACUUGGAGCACUAUCACUUGUCUUGUACACUUUAAUCCUGAUUCCUUUAGUGAAGUAUGUCCUGGUUGUUCUGUUGGCCAAUGAUGACGGUGAAGGCGGUACUUUUGCCUUGUAUUCCUUGAUUUGUCGUCAUGCUAAGGUGAGUCUUCUCCCCAAUCAGCUGCCAUCAGAUGCUCGCAUAUCAAGCUUUAGGCUAAAGGUUCCUUCCCCUGAGCUUGAAAGGUCAUUAAAAAUCAAGGAAAGACUAGAGUCUUCUAUGACUAUGAAGAAGAUUCUGCUAAUAUUAGUGCUUGCUGGUACUGCUAUGGUGAUUGCUAAUGGUGUCGUUACGCCAGCGAUGUCAGUAUUGUCAUCUGUUGGUGGUUUAAAAGUUGGGGUAGAUGCAAUCAAACAAGAUGAAGUGGUGAUGAUUUCAGUCACCUGUCUGAUCAUUUUGUUCAGUGUACAGAAGUAUGGAACAAGUAAAGUGGGACUUGCAGUAGGACCUGCUCUGUUCAUAUGGUUUUGUUCUCUGGCGGGCAUUGGGAUUUACAAUCUUCUCAAAUAUGACAGCAGUGUCUUGAGGGCAUUUAAUCCUAUUCACAUCUACUAUUUCUUCAAGAGGGACUCAACUAAAGCAUGGUAUUCUCUUGGGGGUUGUCUUCUAUGUGCAACUGGUUCUGAGGCCAUGUUUGCAGAUCUUUGCUACUUUUCUGUUCGGUCAGUUCAGGUAAGAAAUUAUUUCUGUUAUAUUUCUCAUAUUAUCAUGCUUCUUUCAUAUUUCUUUAAACUUUUCUCUUCUUGUGAACUAAGUGUUGAUCAAAUUGGUGGUGUUUAUAUGCAGCUUACAUUUGCCUUUCUUGUUUUGCCGUGCCUACUAUUGGGUUAUUUGGGUCAAGCUGCAUACCUUAUGGAAAAUCAUGCUGAUGCUGGUAGAGUCUUUUAUUCUUCAGUUCCAAGUGGUGCAUUUUGGCCAACUUUCUUUAUUGCUAACAUUGCUGCACUCAUUGCAAGCCGGGCUAUGACAACGGCAACAUUUUCAUGUAUAAAGCAAUCAACUGCACUUGGCUGUUUCCCUCGCCUUAAAAUCGUUCAUACCUCUCGGAAAUUUAUGGGCCAGAUCUAUAUCCCAGUCCUAAACUGGUUUCUUUUGGCUGUUUCUCUGGUGCUUGUCUGCUCUACAUCCAGCAUUGAUGCGAUUGGAAAUGCCUAUGGCAUUGCUGAGCUGGGGGUGAUGAUGAUGACCACUAUUUUAGUAACUCUCGUUAUGCUGCUUAUAUGGCAGCUAAACAUCAUCAUAGUGCUGAGUUUCAUCAUAAUCUUCUUGGGAUUGGAGUUGGUUUUCUUUUCAUCUGUUUUGUGGAGUGUGGCAGAUGGAAGUUGGAUAAUAUUGGUGUUUGCCGUAAUAAUGUUUCUUAUAAUGUAUGUAUGGAAUUAUGGAAGCAAUCUCAAGUAUGAAACUGAAGUCAAGCAAAAACUGUCAAUGGAUUUGAUGCGAGAAUUAGGUUCUAAUCUCGGGACAAUACGAGCUCCUGGGAUAGGCUUGCUGUAUAAUGAGUUGGUCAAAGGAAUACCUGCAAUUUUUGGCCAUUUUCUGACUACACUUCCAGCAAUACAUUCCAUGAUCAUAUUUGUGAGUAUUAAGUAUGUUCCAGUUCCUAUGGUGCCUCAAAGUGAAAGGUUCCUUUUCCGGCGAGUCUGUCCAAAAAGUUAUCAUAUAUUUCGUUGUAUUGCCAGGUACGGUUACAAAGACAUUCGAAAAGAAAAUCACCUGACUUUUGAGCAGCUGCUGAUUGAGAGCCUAGAGAAGUUUGUACGUCGUGAAGUUCAGGAGAGGUCACUAGAGAGUGAUGGAGAUGAAGAUUCUGAGCAAGAGGAUGAGUACUCUGGUUCUAGGGUUCUCAUAGCUCCCAAUGGGAGUGUUUACUCACUUGGCAUUCCUCUUCUUGCUGAUUUUACGGAUACAAUCAACCCCGUUCUAGAAGCAAGCACAUCAGAGGUAGUAAACUCAACUACACCUGAUCACCCAGUGUUUGAUGCUGAGCAGGGCCUUGAAAGGGAGUUGUCUUUUAUACGAAAGGCUAAAGAAUCUGGAGUUGUUUAUCUUCUUGGACAUGGGGAUAUAAGGGCAAGGAAGGACUCGUGGUUUAUCAAAAAACUAGUUAUAAACUACUUUUAUGCCUUUUUGAGAAAGAACUGCAGGAGAGGGAUCACGACUUUAAGUGUACCUCACUCCAAUCUGAUGCAAGUAAGCAUGACUUACAUGGUGUGAAACCCAAUUUUUGCAGCCCAAACAACACACUGAAAUUCGCUUGGAAACUCCAUUAUUUUGGAAUCCCCAGCUAGAAAUGUUUGCUUGAUGCCUUUAGUUGUCCUGAUGUUGGUUGCAUGUAUGGACUUCAAAUAGGCUGACAACAAAAAGAAACAGAUUAUGUAUACACAUAUCUGAAUGCGUCAGAUUCCACUUAAAAUGUAAUUGAGUUUUUGUACAGAGGCUUUCGAGUGCCCUUGAAUUUCUUCUUCUUUUUUCGUUAGUUUGUAUUAUUUUGUCUUCUCCUUCCCAUCUCUUAGACACUUUCUUGACUGAAACUCAAAUGAUAUCAUAUAUGAUCUAUAUUUGAAAUCUUUUUAUGUUGUA